AUGCACAGCCCCCGCGACGGCGACCAGGCACCUCCCCCCGCACUGAACCUGAAGCGCCCCCCACCCUCCCCGUCUACAUCCUCUUCACCCAAACGCGCCGCUUCCGAGGACCCUCUGGCGCUCGUAGCCGAUCACCCUCCUCCUUCCGCCCUGCCGUCGAGUCCUCUAGGAAUGGACAUUGACGAGGCUGAGAGCACGGGGUGGGUCGCCCGCACCGGCCAGGUAUCGCUCGCAGAUGAGCGUUGUCGAGAUGUCCAGGGAGCCGUGAUGGCGUCGGGAUCGCCGCCAUUCACUCCAGGAUCGACGUACUACCUCAUCACGAAGAGCUUUUUCCAGGCACUCACCACGUACGCGUGCUCAGGCGAGGGCUCGACCCCACAGCCCGAUUUUGACAAGCUUGCACAGGGUGAUCCUGUCGAGCUAUGGGCUCCGGGACGUGAUGGCAAGGCCACGCUCCAGGCGUUCUGGAAGGUCCGCGAUGGUCUCGAGGAGGACAUUGACUUCAUGUUCACCGGGGCGGAUGGCUGGGAUGCUCUCACAGCCCUGACGGGAAAGAGCGAGCCCGCGUUCCCGCGCAUCUGCAUGCCCGGCGGUACCAUUGAGGUCUCUCCCAACAUCUACUGCCUUCAUGUGGUCACCACCACCCCAUCAAUUCCAGUUCCUCCAGCCACCCCGCCAGGCCCUAUCCUUUUCACGCUGCCCCGCUCGAGCACGGUCGUGCAGCUCCGGGAGUUCCUGCGGACCGUGCUCGCCAACCGCGUGAGCGCCACAGCGCCCAUCCGCGUCUUCUCUCUCGAAUCCGCCGAGAGCCCUGCGGGCCUCAAGGUUAUGGCAAAGGACCUCGCGGGGUUCAACGCCAAACUUCUGAACGGCAACACCGACACCAUUGAGACCUUGGGCUUUGCGAACAAUGACUCGCUCGUUGUUGAGAUUGGCAGCCCGAAAUUCGAGGUGGACGUCGACUUGGCCACGCAGAAGGCCAUCAACAUCGGUGGACCGGCUCCUCUCUUCGCCAAGCCCGCGUUCUAUUCCGGGACAUCCACUGUCGGCGAGUCGUCAUCCAGCUCAAACCAGUUUCUGUCGCUCGCCAACGCCAAGCACCCGAUGAUGAUGACCCGCUCCCAGGUCCGAGGAAAGAGCGCUGGCAAGGGUCUCGUGGGUUUGAGCAAUCUCGGCAACACAUGUUUCCUCGCGUCGGCAACUCAAUGCCUCAGCAACACACACGUCCUUGUCGACUAUUUCCUGACCGAUGUGUUCAAAGAAGAGCUCAACCCGGACAACCCCCUUGGAAUGCACGGCCAGGUCGCCGAGGCGUUCGGUGAUACCGUCCAGAAUCUCUGGGAGUCGCCAUCCUUCUCGUCGUAUGCACCCAGGAGGUUGAAGGGGACAUGCUCGCGUUUCGCACCCCAGUUCGCCGGGUACGGCCAGCACGACACUCAAGAAUUCCUCGCCUUCCUCCUGGACGGGUUGCACGAGGACCUGAACCGCAUUAAGAAGAAGCCCUACAUCGAGAAGCCGGAUUGGAAGGCGGGGGGCGGCGACCGCGAGCUCGCCGAGCUUGGAAGAGAAUGCUGGGACGGGUACAAGCAGCGGAACGAUUCGGUCAUAGUCGACCUAUUCCAGGGCCAGCUCCAGAGCACGCUCGUGUGCCCCGACUGCCACCAGGAGAGCAUAACCAUGGACCCGUUCAUGUACCUCACCGUCCCGCUGCCCAUCUCACAAACUCGCACCGUCAAGGUCAUCUACUUCCCGCGCGACACCGAGAAACCGCCGCUCAGCGUCCACAUGCUCCUCCCUGCCAACGCAUCCUUCUCCACGCUCAAGGAGAAGCUCGGCAGGUUGACAGGGACACCAUCAUCGAACAUUGUCGGCUUCGACCUGUGGAAGAACGGUAUCUACCAGUGGUGGAUGGAUAUUGACGCGACGACAACAAUGACGGACAACGACGUCGGUGUCUUCCACGAGGUCGGCGCGCCGGUGACGGCCACGGGCAAGGGCGUUGGUACACUCCCCACCGACGAGUCUGUGACCGUACCAGUGUUCACCUUUACACUUGACGAUGGUGCUCGCUCGUCGUACCAGCGUACACAAAUGCCGGAGAAUGGCUGUCUGGAGCCGUUUUUUAUCACCCUGUCCAAAUCCGAGACGACCGACCCUAGCGCAGUGCGCGAAGCGAUCAUGCGCGGCUACUCGCGCUUGGCGCGGCCCGAGAAGAGCGCCGACUUGUGGGUCCUCUCGAAUGACCCACGCGCCAAGGUGAUCGUGGACGACGACGAGAGCGUGUCGGAUCUUCGCGUCGAUUCGUCACCGGCCUCCUCUCAGGGGGCGACACUUGCCCCGCCCCUGGACAUCCCCUUCACGGGCAGCCAGGCGUCCCUCGAAAGCCAAUCGGGGCGCCUCGUCACACGCGGUGACAUGUUCAAGGUCUUUGUGGCCGACGCCUCGUCGUCGGAGAGCCAUUCAACGAGUUUCUUCACCAAGAAGGACCCAGCGGUCAACGCUCUGUAUCGUCCAGGUGGACCGUCCAAGGCGUCGGGGUCUUGGUCGGGACUGGAGAAGCGGGCGCGUGCCAAGCGGCCGUUCUACAAACGCGUCUCGUCCGGCAUAUUCGGGAGUGCCGCCAACUCGGAGGACGAGUCUGAGGACUCAGGCUCGUCCGCGUGCGUGCGCAAGGGUGAGGCCAUCUUUGUGCAGUGGAAGCAGGACAACUUCAACGAGUUCUUCGAGCGUGACAGGGAGGGUCUCGGUAAGCAACUCGAGGACCUCAUCGACCCCGAGAUUGCCAAGGACAAGGAGAAGAAGAAGGCUGGGCUCGCGAUCACCCUCGACGACUGCCUCGACGAGUUCUCCAAGCAAGAGACGCUGGGCCAGAACGACGAGUGGUACUGUCCCGUGUGCAAGAAGCACGUGCAGGCGACGAAGAAGCUUGACAUAUACAAGGCGCCCGACAUCCUCGUCAUCUGCCUGAAACGCUUCGGGUCAGCCCGCAAUCUUCGAGACAAGCUCGACCACCUGGUGCACUACCCGCUCGAGGGACUGAAUCUCGACGAGCGAAUCGGCGAGAGGCGUAUCACGCAGAGCCUGAGGCUGACGGAUGAAGAGGCCAAGCAUUACGGCAUCGAGCACAGCACCGAGCCUUUCAUCUACGACCUGUAUGCCGUUGACAACCACUUUGGCGGCCUCGGUGGCGGGCACUACACCGCGUUCUGCCGCAACAAGAUCGACGAACAGUGGUACAACUACGACGACAGCCGCGUGUCCAAGGCUAGCACCGACGCCGUCAAGAACAACAGAGCUGCCUACCUCCUCUUCUAUAAGCGGCGGACGGCGCGGCGGAUUGGCGGCAUCUCGAGAAUUAAGGCUGAGGAGGCGAGCCGUGCUGCGACGCCCAUGGGGUCGAUGCCCGGCAGCCCGAACAUCGGGCCGAGCGUACCCGCAAGCGCGAUGGCGAGUACCAUGCCAUCAGGGCCUGGGAGCCCGAACGAGACCUCACCGAUAGUGAGCGACGACGGCUCGAGUGACUCUGAGGACGAGAUUGCGCUGAGCGGCCGGCGGAUCGGGCACACGCUCCCGACAAUGCCGUACAACACAGCGCAGUCGAUCGGGUUCGGGAACACGGCUUGGUCGCGCCAGACAGACGUGCAGCACCACUUUGGUCAGGCGGGCCUGAUGACGCCUGAGGCGUCCGAGAGCGGAGACAGAGACGAGUUCAUCGAGGUCGCUGUACCGGCCCCAAGCACGUCAGGCGAGAGUGGGCUGGACGGCGGCUACGCCGUCGUGCCAUCGCAGACGAGCGAGAGCGACGCCGAGAUGGUCUCGAUGCCGCGCUCCCCACAAAGCUCGGAAUGA